AUGGCUACCACUUCUUACCAUUCUCGCUCUAACAGCUUGCCUUCAAGGCAACACCCCAUCACUUCACAAAUUGAUGAGAAUCUUAACCGAUUGAGGGCAUCUCAAUCGGCCUCUACAUCAUCUUCAAUUGGCCAAAAUCUAAAUGGUCUUCAAGAUUUGCAUGAAUAUGUUGAUAUGUUGCUUCAACUGCCCCUCACUCAACAAGCUCUAGCCCAAGAGCAGCAGCGGAAAUGGGUUGAAGAACUGUUGGAUGGAUCAAUCAUGCUCUUGGAUGUAUGCAGCACUGCCAAGGAUGCCUUGUUGCAAACCAAGGAGUGCACUCAAGAACUUCAAUCGAUUUUGCGCAGAAGACGAGGAGUUGAAGGGCUUGGUGAUGAGGUUAGGAAGUACUUAACAUCUAGGAAGGCAGUGAACAAGGCAAUCUGCAAGGCCUUAAAGAACUUGAAGCAUAUGGAAAAUAAACUUAGCUCCUCUUCUUCCAUCAAGGAUGCUGAGAAUGGAGCUGUGAUUAGCAUUCUAAGAGAAGUACAAGCAGUUACCAUCAGCAUGCUGGAAUCCUUGCUGUCGUUUAUUUCAGGGCCAGAGGCAGGAUCAAAGUUGAGCCGCUGGUCACUAGUUUCCAGGUUAAUGCACCAGAAAAAAGUGAUGUAUGAGGAAGAAGGACAAAAAACACAUGAAAUUGCAAGUGCUGAAGCUGGACUGCGUUCCCUCGUCAAAUCUGAAAACAUGAAGAAUGUUGAGAAUGUGCAAAAUAAGCUCCAUAACUCAGAGUUGUGCAUCCAAGAUCUUGAAGAAGAACUUGAAAGCCUCUUUAGGCGUUUGAUCAAAGCUAGAGUCACUGUUCUCAACAUCCUCAACUGUUAA